AUGUCGGCCGCAUACGCCGCUGGCACGUGUCAGCUGACGUGGCGCCCAGUUGCUUCUUUUAGUGCGUCGUUCGAAGCGCGUGAAAACGCUUCGCGCCUCGCUGGAAACGUUCAGGAAGUGCGGGUUCGGUGUAGCGGCUGGAAAGGGAACACGUGGCGACUCAUGAGUGGCCGGGAGGCCAUCGGGAGAUGGAAUGGCGCCGGGAAAAGGACUCGCGUGGGGCGAUUACGAGCAGGCCCGGAUGACCAGCCAGGCCCCACGUCCCCCAUGGGAGGGCAGACGCGGAGGCAGCUGCUGGUGGAGUACGUGAGGGGCGUGCAGCCGGACUUCAUGGAGAAAUUCUUCCAGCACGCGGAGCCCCAGUUGGUGGACGCAAUGAGACAGACCGUGAGCAACAUGCUGGGGUCACUGCCACCGCAGUAUUUUGAAGUCACCGUCACAACAGUGGGGGAGAAUCUUGCGCAGCUGAUGUUUAGCGUGAUGAUGACGGGUUACAUGUUCCGCAACGCACAGUACCGCCUCGAACUCUCCUCCUCCUUCGCUGGCGCCGUCGCCCUCCCUGCUGCCUCCUCCACCUCCUCCCCUACCUCUCCUACCUCUCUCCCAUCCUCCUUCCCUCCUCACAUCCCUUGCUCUUCUUCCUCCACUUCCUCCUCCUCGGUUCAACCACUACCAGCGUCAUCAGCCUUUACGUCUUCAGACAGACAGAGGGGGAGCAGCAGCGGCAGCAGCAGUGGCAGUGACUCGGAAUCUGGCUCGUGGCCUCCCACUGACAACGCCUUACCUCUGGGUCCGGUCCAGAAGACGCACGUGGCAGGCGAGGUGCUUCGGUGGGACGCCGAGGCUGAGCGGGUGGUUCGGGUGCCGGCAGUGGACUAUGUGGAGCUGCUGGAGGGGGAGGUUCGGGCAUUAAAGAGAAGAUUGGAGGAGGAGGAGGCGAGACUGGCACGAGUGGGGGCCGGGGGAGGAGGCAGUGGGAAUGCGCUUUUGGAAUACCUCAAGGGAUUGGAACCGCAGAAUAUACAGGAGCUGACAGCCAGUGCUGAUGACGAUGCACUGGCAGCCAUGAAUGCGUUCAUCCAACGGCUGUUAGGCGUUCCUGAUGUUGGGGAGAUCAAGUCCGUGGCAUCAGAGACUACAGUGACCGAGCUGGCAAAGCUGCUCUAUUGGCUCAUGGUGUCUUUCCUUCCGUUUCUGUUUCUGUCACUGCUGCUGGCGUUCGGCAUGAUGGCGUGUGCACCAGCAGAGGCAGCACGGGUGUUGAAGGCGAAUCUGGUCAACCCGAAUGGACCAACCUCCGCACACAAUGCGCUUCAAUCCCCAGCAUCUGACCAGUUUUCUCCUGUCCCAGCAGCUGAGCAUCCGCCUCCUGUCCAAACAGCCGUGGGAUCUGAGCCGUCAGAUGGCUCCACUGCUGUGACAUCUGAGCCGUCCAUCGACCCCCUGGUCGUUGUGUCUGCUGUGAAUGGUGGUGAUGAGGAGGCAGGCAAUGAGCCGGAUGGAGCUGAUUCCAGCGCUGCUGCUGCCGCUCCUGUUCCAACCUCCUGGUUGAGGCCGGCACAGAUGCCCAACGACCCCCAGAUGCCCAACGAUCAUGGUCCCUACCCUCUGGAGACCGAUCCCUUACCGGCUGUGGGAUCAGGGGAGGAGCCUCCAGAAGGCAAUGAGGAUGGGCUUGUGCCAGAAGUUUACGUCGCUCUGCCAGAAGAAGUGGCGCCUGCGGAGGCUCCAGCAGGAUCCCAGGGCGUUGCACCCACGCCUGGUGCCGCUGAGUCGAGUGCUCCUGCUCCUGCUGCUGUUCCAAGUGCCUGGCUGAGACCGGCACUGGUGCUCAUUGACCCUCAAAUGCCCAACGACCCUCAGCCUAACGACCAUGGUCCCUUCCUCCUGGGGACCGAUCCCAUGCCAGCUGUGGGAUCAGAGGAGGAGGCUCCAGCGGGGAAUGAGGAUGUGCUUGUGCCAGAGAUUUACGUUGCUCUGCCAGAAGAAGCAGCACCUGGGGAGGCUCCAGCAGGGUCGCAGGGUGUUGCACCCAUGCCUGAUGGUGCUGAUUCCGGUGGUUCUGGUCCUGUUCCAAGUGCCUGGUUGAGGCAGGCAAAGGUUAAAGGUGACCAUCAGGUGGCAAAUGACAAUCAGGUGCCGAAUGACCAUGGUCCCUACCUUCUGGGGACUGAUGCUGCCAUUCCAGCUGUGGGCUCAGCAGGCAAUGAGGAUGUGCUUGUGCCAGAGAUUGACGUUGCUCUGCCAGAAGAAGCAGCACCUGGGGAGGCGCCAGCAACAGGAUCCCAGGGUGUUGCACCCAUGCCUGAUGGUGCUGAAUCCAGUGCCCUUGUUCCUAUUCCAAAUGACCAUGGUCCCUACCUUUUGGGAGUUGAUUCAACUGUCGGUUCGGAGCAGGAGGCUACAGUAGGAGAGGAGCAGGCACUGUUGAAAAUCCCAGCUGUUAUAGUCCCUCUGCCAGAGGAAAAUGCACCAGGAGAGGCUGCAGCAGGCUCCCAGGUUGUUCCACCAGAGAAUUAG